AUGGGCUGCGCGGACGAGUUCCCCCACUGCUCAAUAUGCGGCUACCAAAUGCACGGCAGGCCUCGUUACGAGUCUGGUCCCAUCGCUUGGGAGCCUUCACUAUGGAAAAAGACCAUUGUCGCACUCCUAGGUCCUCAUGAGCAAUACUGCAGACGACAACAAGAUGAUCCCCUCAGCAAGCAGGUAACAGAGCAUGCUGCCAGCCCAUGUGACGGCGCCAUGGGACGUUUAAGGCUAUAUCACAACGGCCAGAAGAUUCACCUGCAAAGGGAAUUCCAGUCUGAAGAUCUAUUUCCUGAUGGCCCGUCUGGCCUUCAUUGGUGCCUAGGUGUACACGAGGCCUGUCUGACGAUGGCCUCUUUGGUGAUGAAGACAUCGCCCACUUCGCAGCUGAAAUCCCUUCGAGAUCUUUGGGUCACUCUUGAUCGACGAUGCGAAGUAACAAUAAGGGUUCGGACAGGCCCUAGCUUCUUUCAUUGGCUUCCCCUCAUUCCGCUCCCGAAGAGACCAGAUGAAGCGCGCAGGAGCUGGGGCAGUUACUAUAUUCCUGACUACCAUCCAGGAUCCUAUUACAACUGGUGGCUAGAUGAUCCCUUAGUUAUUCCAGAUCUCACCAGUCGUCUGCUAUCAAACCUGCAGCUCGUUGAGCCUCACACAGCUCGUCCCUGCAGCCUGCAGGCGAGCCUGGAUAACCUGCCCCAAGAGCUCCAGGAUAGGAUCAUAUCACUCCUACUGGAGGGAACUAUUGGUCUGGACUGCACUCGUUUGCUACCGCAGUCAUACUGGAAACAACUCUUUGUUCGAAUCCCAUUUCUCUGGGAUCUCGACAAAAGUCUUGUGUCAGAGUUCCAAGACAAAGAUGGCAAGGAGUGGGAUUGGGAGAGGCUCUUCCGGCAGGUCAUGGCGCGCGUUCAACCCCCUACCUGUCCCGAGGACAGCGACAUCAGGGCAUGGAACUACGGCGAGGUAGGGCUGGAUGUACCUCCUGGCUUCACUAAUCGGCGCCGCAUUUGGCAGCUUCUUGAAGAUAUGGACCCUGAUGAGGUGGAGAAGUAUGGCCUGGAAGAGCGGGAAGAUGGCACAACAGACGGGGUAGACGAUAUCUUAUGGGAGACAACUUCGGAUGUCGACACAGGGUUUGAGCAAGAUUGGGGCCGGGUGUUGGACCCUUCCGAGAUCCCUAGGUCAGAUAAUCCGUGGUAG